AUGUGGCCCUUCCAAAUCACGUCGCGGUCCGCCACAUAUUUACUGUUGAGUUUUUCCAGUUGCCAUUUUUUAAUUUCAUUUCAUUACUAUUUCUUUCUCCAUUUGCUCUCUCUCUCUUUCUCUUUCUCUUUCUCUCUCUCACACACACUUUCUCUCCAUCGCUCCCUUUUCUCUUUUUCUCUUUAUCUAUAUCCCUCUUUCUCACGUAGUCAUCUUCUCUCCUCUUAUCUUUUACUUUCUUUCUCUCUUCCUCACUCUCUUUCCCCUUUCCCUUUCUUCUUCAUAAAUCUUUCUCUUUCCCGCGCUUCUUUCUUUCUUCCUUUUUUCUUUCUCUCUGUCUUUCUUUCUGCCACUUUCUUUCUUUCUUUCUUUCUUUCUUUCUUUCUGUCUCUUUCUCUCUUUCUUUCUUAUUCUCUCUUUCUCUUACUUUUUAAUUCUUUCUUUCACUCUCAUUCUUUCCCUUUUUCUCACACUAUAGAUAUAUAUAGAGAGAGAGAUCUCUAUCUAUCUAUCUAUCUAUCUAUCUCUUUUUUCUUUCUUUCCUUCCCUAUCUUUUCUUUUUCUUUCUUUUUACUCUCUAUCCCUCUCUCUUUCUAUUCUUCUCUCUUUCUAAACCUCUCUGUUUUUUCUCUCUUCUUGUUUCCUGUUUGCUCUCUUUUUUCAUUCAUUCAUUCUUUCUUUCUUUCUUUCUUUCCUUCUUUCUUUCUUUCUUUCUUUCUUCUAACUUAUUUUUAUUUCAUUCUUCCGUAUUUCUUUUCUAUAAUUGUAUUUAAUUCGUUUGUUUGCUUGCGUUUCUUUGUUUUUCUAUUUCUCUCUCUCUCUCUCUCUCUCUCUCUCUCUCGCACUCUAUUUCUUUCUCGUUCUCUUUCGCUCUCUCUUUCUCGUUUUCUCUUUCUCUCUCUCUCUCUUUCUUUCUUUCUUUCUUUCUUUCUUUCUCGCUCUAUGUCUCUCUCUCUUUCUCUCUAUCGUUCUCUUUAUCUCUCAAUUCCUCUCUCUCAGACUCUCUCUCUCUCUCUUUCUCGGUCUCUAAUUCUCUCACUCUCUCUCUCUUUCUCUCUCUCUUUUUCUCUCUCUCUUGCUCUCUCUCUCUCUCUCUGUCUCUAUCGUUCUAUCUUUCUCUUCCUCUCUCUCGGUCUCUUGUCCUCUCUCUCUCUUUCUCCCUCUCGUUUUCUCUUUCUCUCUUUCGUUCUCUCCUUUUCUCUUUCGUUUUCUCUUUCCCUCACUCUCUUGCUCUCUCUCUCUUUGUGUCUAUCGUUUUCUCUUUCUCUCCCUGUCUUUGUCUCUAUCGUUCUCUCUUUCUCUUUCUCUCUAUCUCUCUCUUUAUCUCUAGCGUUCUCUCUUUCUCUUUCUCUUUUCCUCUCUCUCGGUUUCUCUCUCUCAGUGUCUCGUUCUCUCUCUUUCUCUCUCUUGUUCUUUCUUUUUCUCUCUCGUUCUCUUUCCCUCUCUCUCUCUCUUUCUCUCUCCCUCUUUGUCUCUAUCGUUCUCUCUUUCUCUCUCUCUUCCUCUCUCUCGAUCUCUUUCUCGGUCUCUCUCUUUCUCCCACUCGUUCUUUCUCUCUCUCUCUCGUUCUCUCUUUUACUCUCUCGUUCUUUCUAUCCUUCUCUCUCUUUGUCUCUAACGUUCUCUUUCUCUCUCUCCCUCUUCCUCUCUCUCUUUCUUUUUGCCUCUCGUUCUCUCUCUCGUUUUCUCCCCCCCCUCUCUCUCUUAAAACAUAGUUAUUUUCAUGAUGGUAUAAUUUGGACGAUCUUUUCUGUUAAUUAA